CACGGAGGGGGCUGGGGCGCAGCAGCUGGGGGCGCAGCAGGGGGGCUCGCAGCAGCUCUCUGGGCAGUCGUCCACCUGCCAGGAGUCGGGGCAGGGGUCACAGGAGCCGGGCAUGCAGACGUUGCUGCCGUAGCUCAGCUCACCGCCCGCCACGGCCGCCUCCACCAUGUCCGUCUGCUCCAGCAACCUGAGCUACGGCAGCAACGUCUGCAUGCCCGGCUCCUGUGACCCCUGCCCCGACUCCUGGCAGGUGGACGACUGCCCAGAGAGCUGCUGCGAGCCCCCCUGCUGCGCCCCCAGCUGCUGCGCCCCAGCCCCCUCCGUGACCCUCGUCUGCACCCCAGGGAGCUGCCAGUCAGCGUGCACCAGCUCCUGCACGCCCCUGUGCUGCCAGCAGUCUAGCUGCCAGCCCUCAUGCUGCUCCUCCAACCCCUGCCAGCAGCCCAGCUGUGUGACCCUCUGCUGCAAGCCCCUGAGCUGUGUGUCCAUCUCCUGUGUGCCCGUCUGCUCUGGGACCCCUUCCUCCUGCUGCCAGCAGUCUAGCUGCCAGCCGUCCUGCUGCUCCUCCAACCCCUGCCAGCAGCCCAGCUAUCUGACCCUCUGCUGCAAGCCCGUGAGCUGUGUGCCUGUCUCCUGUGUGCCCGUCUGCUCUGGGGACUCCUCCCCCUGCUGCCAGCCCUCGUGCUGCUCCUCCAACCCCUGCCAGCAGCCCAGCUGUGUGACCCUCUGCUGCAAACCUGUGAGCUGUGUGCCCGUCUGCUCUGGGACCUCCUCCCCCUGCUGCCAGCAGUCUAGCUGCCAGCCCUCGUGCUGCUCUUCCAACCCCUGCCAGCAGCCCAGCUGUGUGACCCUCUGCUGCAAGCCCGUGAGCUGUGUGCCCGUCUCCUGUGUGCCCGUCUGCUCUGGAAGCUCCUCCUCCUGCUGCCAGCAGUCUAGCUGCCAGUCCUCGUGCUGCUCCUCCCCCUGCCAGCAGCCCAGCUAUCUGACCCUCUGCUGCAAGCCCCUGAGCUGUGUGCCCGUCUGCUCUGGGGACUCCUCCCCCUGCUGCCAGCCGUCCUGCAGCCCCUCCCCCUGCCAGCAGCCCAGCCGUGUGACCCUCUGCUGCAAGCCCCUGAGCUGUGUGCCCGUCUGCCCACGCCCCUCGUGCUGCCAGCCCAGCCCCUGCCCCUCGUCCUGCUGCAGACCCUCCUCCUGCGUGUCCCUGCUCUGCCGCCCCGUGUGCAGGCCCGCCUGCUGCGUGCCCGCCCCCUCCUGCCAGCCCAGCUGCUGCCGCCCGGCCUCCUGCGUGUCCCUGCUCUGCCGCCCCGCCUGCUCCCGCCCCACCUGCUGCGGCCUCUCCUCGGGACAGUCCUGCUGCUGACCGGCAUGCUCCUCUGUGCCCUCCGCAUUACCCUGCACCUCCCAUUCAUCCCCGGUCUGGUCCUGAUCCAGGUCAGGUCCCUGUGUGUCCACCUUGCUGACUGACCUCCCUCGUGCCCCCAGGAUCUGCUCUGGGUCACGUGGCCCAACCUCAGCUGUCAGCACCUCGCGGGGCCCCCAGUAAACUGCCCUGAGCACCUGA